CACCACGCUUCUUUGUCGUUAGUCUAGCAAGAGCGACAGGGUUGGGGAAAACAAAGCCUCAUCCACCACCUCCACGGGCAAGCCUCCUCGCCUUCUGCCGUCUGCAAUUUCCAUCUCUUCAUGCUACUUUGGCCCAUUGCGAGGCAUUCGUAACAGCGACGAGCUGGGCGGCACGCCGGAGAGCCAUCCCGCCUCGGAUCCUGUCUCUCGCUUUGCCCUCAGGCCGCGUUUGGAGUAACCCGUUCCCUGCGAGCCUCCGCACUCCUAAGGAGCCCGAUCGCACGACGACACCUGUGCCUCACACGAGUGCCACCAGAUUCGCUGGACACAGUCGCAAAGAGAAAGGCGGACAUCGAUUGUCUUGCCGAUUUGUGGCAGGGCGAAAGACGAGCCGUUUCAUCGUCGAUCGAAGGCGGAUUGGCAGCUGGUGAAUUUGCACCAUCGUCUUCAAAGUUGUUUCGACUGCGGGGGUGAUUUAGUCAUGCCUCUUCCUAAGAAAGAGGGUGCGUCUGGUGGGGGUGCGGCCAAGGUCGAUGGCCGCAACCAGAACGGUAUGCCCCCUCUUGCUGCUCGUCCUCCUUGUGAGGACACGGGCAAGAGCUGUGGGCUAACAAAAAGCGCCAAACAGGAAACCGACAAGGUUUUCGCACCGACACCGCCAUCUCCAACAGCCGUUUCGGAAACGAGCGGACACUGCAACCAUGGGUCCCCGACUCUACUGAUGGCGUCGACGGUGGUUUGGAGGCAUCAUCCAGCACUGGUCACUGGGAUCAGUUUGCGGAGAACGAGAGGCUGUUCGGCCUGAAGACGGAUUACGACGAGAACAUCUACACCACUGCCAUCAACAAGAACCAUCCGCAGUAUAAGGAGAGAAUAGCGGCGGCCGAGCGCAAGGUCAGAGAGAUCGAGCGGAGUGCUCCUGUUACGGCCCAUGUGGCCGAGGAGCGCAUCAUGGAUUUUGUUGGUGGAGGUGCAGGGGGCGACAAUGAGGAAGACAAAUACAGUGGCGUUCGCCGACAAGAAUUCCCCCCUCUGUCGGCUGGCGGUCGCGAGAACCGAUACACGCCUCCGGCGAAGAGAGCUCCGACCGGCCAGACCACAGUUAAGGGUGCGCCUGUUGACCCAGCUAUUAUCUCGUCGCAGAUCAAGGCCCAACCCAAGAAGCAGUCACCAGCACCAGAGCAGCCUCGUGAGCCGACUCCUGCUGGGAAGAAUGGCGUCUCGCCUACCCCAGAGGCCCAAAAGACUGCACAGCCAAAGGUUUCCGAUGACAGAUCGGCGGACGCAAAGCCGACGUCUGGUGCUCGUGAGUCCAAGACGCCAGAGGCAAAGUCCACCGAAAAGGCGGGCGACAAAGGCGCCGCAUCUGGUCCCUCAUCUGCGGCGGCCUCCACUCGCAACGUGCCUGCGCAAGCCAAGGAGGGUACACCAAGCGCUACGUCUACUGUGGAGCGUGAUGUUCUCAACUCUUUCAAGUCGUUUGCCACUCAGCAACGGCUCAAUGCCGAAAAAGUUCGCAGCAGCAAGGCACGUGCGGACAAGGAGGUCAAGUUGACAGAGCUCAAGAAGUUCGCAAGUAGCUUUAAGCUCUCGACCCCUGUCCCUUCCGAUCUUGUCUCAAUCAUCGCCAAAGAUCCCGCGAAGCAGAAGGAGAUACAGGCAAAGGCCAUGAAGAACGCCGAGGAGAUGAAGAAAACCAAGUCCGACGUGGGCAGUAAGGACAACAAGGGACAGACUGCGCCGAAGGACGCGCAGCCUAGAUCUGCGGAACCCGCGACAGUCACUCCGUCCACCGACAGGCCUGCUCGCGCGCCUGGCGCCCCUCAGGCAGCCGGAGCGGCAGCCACGAAUAACAGACAUGCCGGACCUCGCCAGCAAUACCCUCAGCAGUCUUACCACGCGCAGGCUUACAGGAACACCCGUGGCGGUCCGCCCCACGUUAUGCCGCAGCAGCAAACCGGCAAUCUGGCUCAGCGACUGCGUCACAUGGAACAGCAGAGAUACUCCCAGCCCGUCCCGCCUAACCCCCACCAAGUCGGCCCCGAUGUUCGCGCACCACCCACUGGCCCGGCGAACAACACCGAUGCUGGCUUCAACCGCAGGCUUAGCGGAGCCCCGGCUCACAUGGGAGCCAAGCUCAACCCCAACAGCCACGAAUUCAGGCCCAGCCCGUUCGCGGCUUCCUUCAACCCAAACAGUCACCCAAGCGCCGGCUCGAGCCCACGAACAAGUGUGAACCAUGUUUCCGACAGCCCUGCCUCUGCCACGGCCCAGGCGGGGCAACUGAUCCGACGAAAGACGAAGGCUGUGGAUGUCGGGAAAUGCUACAUCCUGUCCCACAUCAAGACGUUGACCCCCCCUCAGGGACGCAACUGGGACGACAACGGCGGCCUCCGUCCGUCCUACGACACGCUACCCACCUGGCGACAGCUUCAGGACGACGAGAAAUCGGACUCGACCAUGCACCUUACGUACAAGGAAUAUUUCGAGCGCCAGCCAUUCUCCAAUGCGGCCAUGAGCACGCCCAACCCGCCGCAUGUUGUUCCUCAGCUGGCUCAUCAGCACCAGCUUCCUUUUCAUCUGCAGCACGGUGCUCACAACAUGGGUCCUCGUCAAUCGCCGCACAUGCCCCCCAUGCAGAUGCACACUCCCCAGCAAGGCCCCGUGCCUCACCCUCCCUUCGGCGGCGAUGAUCACCGUAUGAUGCACUCCAACUCUGCCCAGUCCUUUGCUUCCCCACGCAUGGGACAGCUGCCCGUCGCGUACCCGGCACAGGUCACGUACGGACAGACCAUGUUUAUGGGGCCGAACACACCUCAGAUGGGACAGUACCGGAACUUUUCGGCCAACCCACACUACGUGCCUCAGCAGGGACAGAUGGGCGGACCCAUGAUGAUGCAGCCUCAGUUCAUUCCUGGACCGCAGGGCAUGGUGGCUGCUCCUCAGAUGAUGUAUCACGGUGGACACCCGCAGUUCAUGCCACCGUCGGGACCUCCCCAGCCGAUCCCCGGCGCCAACGGCUAUCCAAGUCCAGGGCGACCGGCGGCCCCGGUCAUGAUGCACCAGGGGUCACAGCAGGGUCAGCCAAUGUACGGAAUGAGCCCAAACGUACAGUAUAACCAGCCAGCGUACGGACCGGGCCAGCCGACCGGACCGAGCCAGUAAUGGCGAAGCCGCGUUGCUGGCACGAUGCAACACAUGGCAAGCCCCCAUGAAUGCCCAAGGCGGCACCAGGACCAGGGCACGGCGGCUCUGGAUUGCAAAACAUUGGCGUCGGCUAGGUGCCGGGUGCCGCUUGGAGUAGCUGGGAUGCCGGACGACGACACGGCGUCCAUGGCUUGAAGAAGGCCGUGUCUAGAGCCCACACGCUUAUAUGUUUCUUUGAUUAACAUGGAAGGCUCAGAGGGCACGAGCGCCUGGUGUCAGGAUUUAUUCACCCGAGCCCAGCUACGCAUACGACAACGCUCCCCUACUGUGAUGGUAGGUGCCGUCCUGCGUCGGAUACGUCCCGGGACCGCACUUGCUGACGGUCAGCGACUACUAGCUUUUCGGCACCGGCCGCGAGCCGGAGCGGGAAUGCGUCGGAUUGGGGGCGCGUGUUUUACGAGGGGGGUUUGGAGAGAGGAGAGACGAGGCAUGAUUUUGUUGAAAGCUCAUGGCAAGGGUCGUGAGAGGAGGGAGGUGGCAGGCAGUAGGUAGGAGGCCGUGGACGGGGCGGACGCGGAGAGCGGAGAGUGGAGAGCGGAGAGAGGGCUGGGGGCUCACUGCAGCAUCUACACGUAGUACCUGACAGGUAGUUGUAGGCUGGGAGCAAGAAGUCACAUGGAGCAGAGGUUACGUUACCGUCCGCAUGGCAUGGGUGAGCUUGGCAGCGCGUGGCGAACGUGGGUGAGGGCGAGCGCGUCCUGGUACGGCCUAUAAUAGCGGCAUAUUGAACCGUAGUUCUGGGGUAGUGACCUACCCGAUCGGUAGUUGGGGUGGCAGUGGAAGCAGGAGACGAGAUGACGGAG